CAGUAAAGAUGGCGGCAUGUACGACAUGAUUGUAUAUGUGAACGUUUACACAUAGAUUUUUUUCCUUGGUAUAAAUACAUUCCUGUUUUAUAUUUCCUUGACUUUUGGACUGUUUUCUUUUCUUUUUAAAGAGUGUUAGCUCUGCGGGUGUUGUCACAGUUCAGCGGGCUUUAGUUCGGUUUAUCUCAGCUGUCAGCAGUAACGGACAGACUGAAGUGACUAGCUGAAACUCAAAGACUUCACGGUGUUAUCGGUCCGUUUUCUGCUUAGAUAUGAAAGAAUCUUUGUCCCUGGUUCAGAGACUGAGCGCGCACCCGGACUCCCGGUGCUGGUUCGUCAGCUGGAGCCCCAACGGGACGCUAUUGGCCUCUUGUGGAGGUGACAAGGCCAUCCGGAUAUGGGGAAAAGAAGGGGAAUCUUGGGUGUGUAAGAGUGUGCUUCAGGAUGGACACCAGCGCACAGUGAGGAAGGUGGCCUGGUCUCCCUGUGGAAACUAUUUGGCCUCUGCCAGCUUUGACGCAACAACUUGUAUUUGGAAAAAGAAGAGUGAUGAGUUUGAGAGUCUGACUGUGCUGGAAGGCCAUGAAAAUGAGGUGAAAUGUGUGGCUUGGGCCCCCUCAGGGAAUCUGCUCGCCACAUGUAGCAGAGACAAGAGCGUGUGGGUUUGGGAAGUGGACGAAGAGGAUGAAUACGAGUGUGUGACUGUUGUGAACUCGCACACACAGGAUGUCAAGCAUGUUGUCUGGCACCCGACACAAGAACUUCUGGCUUCAGCGAGCUAUGACAACAACAUCUGUGUUUACAAAGAAGAGGAUGACGACUGGGAGUGCCGGGCCACCUUAACAGGACACACAUCCACCGUGUGGAGUUUGUCUUUCGAUGCUACUGGACAGAAACUCGCCUCAUGCAGCGACGACCGCACAGUGAAGAUUUGGAGGGAAUGUCCGGCAGAAAGUGGACAAGGAGACGUGUCCUGGAAGUGCGUUUGUACUCUGUCAGGGUAUCACAGUCGAACAGUGUAUGAUGUUGCUUGGUGUCAUCUGACUGGCGCCCUGGCGACAGCCUGUGGUGACGAUGCGGUGCGAGUGUUUAAGGAGGAUGAGACGGCCGACCCGGAGCAGCCGGUUUUCUCACUGGCCGCCCACAUGGCCAAAGCUCAUAGCCAGGACGUCAACUGUGUCGCCUGGAACCCGAAGGAGGCGGGACUCCUUGCUUCCUGCAGCGACGACGGAGAUAUCGCCAUUUGGAGGUUCCAAGAGGAAGACUGAACAUCAUCAGAGCCUUCACGAACUAAAGCAUUUCUCAUUAUUGUACAUCACACUGGAAAGUGUCAAACAGACUUACUUCAGUUAAUCUGACAGCUCUGCUUCAUGUAAUGAUUUAUAGAAAAAGUCACUUUUGUCAAAAGUCUGCUUCAGCACAUUCUGCCAUUUGUCAUAACAGCUGUUGAUGAAUGUUUAUAUUAAUAAAGUAAUCUGAUCUUUUUCCUGA